AUGCCUAGAGCCCGGAACGACUUCGAAAGCUCCGUGAAGGGAGGAACCAAAGUAAAGCUUGCGCCCCCCAAAUCCAAAUAUGUCGAGCACAUCCUCAUUGCGACCCAAUCUGGAGAUGCUGGAGUGGCCGAAGUCUUCCGCACUCUCACCCACCGGCUUCGCGACUCCACCUGGACGGUAGCGUUCAAGGCGCUCAUCAUCGUGCAUUUAAUGAUCAAGGAGGGUGCGCAAGAUGCGACAUUACGAUAUCUGGCUGUUGCGCCGCGAAACCGGCUUGCGAUCAACAGCUUCACCGACGUGCAGACGCAAGGUCAGAACAUAAGAGUCUACUCGGAGUAUCUGCUUUCAAGAGCAAUGGCAUAUGAGAAGGCAAAGUKUGACCAUGUACGGGCUGGGGAAGGGCGCAUGAAGCGGCUAUCCGUGGACAAGGGCCUCCUGAGGGAGACGGAGGUGGUCCAAGACCAGAUAAAGGCACUUGUAAAGUGCGAUUUGCUCAACCACGAGACGGAGAACGAGAUCUCCCUGACUGCUUUCCGGCUGCUCACGCGGGACCUGCUGGACCUAUACAAUGUCGAGAACGAAGCCGUGAUGAAUGUCCUGAGUCGCUAUUUCGAAAUGUCCAGACCGGACGCCGAGCGAGCGAUUAAGAUCUACAAGGUGUUUUGCAAGCAGACUGAGCAGGUUGUACAAUACCUGAGCGUUGCACGGCAAUACGAAUAUGCCACGAGGCUAGAGAUUCCCAAGCUCAAGCAUGCACCAACUAGUCUGGCCGCUUCGCUUCAAGAAUAUCUAGACGACAAGGACUUCGAAAUCAAUCGAAGGCAAUACCUCGCGGAACAGGAUGCGACUAAGGGCGGCAAGCCCUUCGCCAAAGCAGCAGCAUCGAAAUCUUCGGGAGCAGCUGUAGUUAAAGCAACCCCUUCUGGAAAUGCGCCCUCAGCUCCACCGGCCAAAGGUCCUGCCCCCGACCUGAUUGACUUCUUCUCUUCCAUCGAGCAGAACCAGUCCACAAUGCAGACAAACCCUUUCUUGCAACAACAGCAGCAGCAGCAGCAGCAGCAGCCAAUUGCAGGCUUUGGCCAACCACCUCAGGGAAAUGUGAGCUAUCAGCAGCCUCUUCAGCAACAAGCGACAUCAAACGGUUUUGGGGGAGAUGUCACUGGCAGCAAUCCUUAUCAACAGUUGCAGCAGCAGGCCCAGCCGCAACCGCUACAGACACAAUUCACCGGAGCUGGCUUUGGUGGAUAUGGGCCACAGCCCACCCAGCAACAACAGUCUCUGGUAACAGGAAAUGCAUUCGCUCAGAAUCAGCAGCUACCCUUUUCAAGUCCUGUACAAGCUCAGCCGACCGGCCAAAUGCAGCCGCAAACGACGAACCCGUUCCGGCAGUCCAUGAUGACUACAGGGGGAGGCGCAGCUUUGGCUGGUGCCUUUGGGCAGCAGCAGCAGCAGCCGGAGCGACAGGCCACCAACCCAUUCGCCCGAAUCGCUGUUCCCCCUGCUAUACCCGAAAACGGUCCAUCGCCUCCGCCUCAGCCAUAUCAGACAUCACAAGUUCAACCACUAAAAGCUCAGACAACAGGCACGAACCCAUUUACACGGAUCAACACGCCAUUGCAACAACCAACACCCCCGAUUUCGCCCGCAAACGCACUCCAAGUACAGCCCACAGGCAGCACAAAUCCUUUCAGACAGUCAACGUUUGUCAAUUCGGCAACGGGAAGUGGAUGGCAGAAUGCCCCGCAAGGAACUUUGGGAGGUCUGCAGACGGAGCAAGUGCAGACAGUGCCUGUCUUUCCAAGACCGGGCCAGGUGAAUCAGCCGCAGCAGCAACCUUGGGGACAGUUUUGA